CAAAGUUUUCUCCUUUUUUUUUUUCUGGGUUUUUUUUUUCUUCGUCAAAGGAACAUCCUUUUAAUGUUGUUUUGAAGAAACCUCACAAGGGUCUCUCUGCAUUUGUCUCCCCUGUUUCGGGGAGUGUUUCUUUAAGAUAAAGGAGAUUCCUUUUUUUUUUGUGUUUUUUGAGGGAAGAUGAUGAUGAAGUUGUGGAUGGUGGCUUGUCUUCAACUCGCUGAGCUUUUCGUGAGCUCUGUGGUGCAUUUGAUUUAUGGGUUUUAUAUAUUCAGCACCGCCGUGGCCGGAGAUGUUUCUCAGAAGUUGAGUGAUUAUCUGUUCAAGUCAAAUGUAGGAGGAGGAGAAACAGAUCAAAUAAGUCAGAGCAAUGUUGAUGGUCUGCCUCCUAUUGUAUUGGUUCAUGGGAUCUUUGGAUUUGGCAAAGGGAGAUUAGGAGGGUUAUCAUACUUUGGUGGUGCUGAGAAGAAAGAUGAGAGGGUUCUUGUUCCUGAUUUGGGAUCCUUAACAAGCAUCUAUGAUAGAGCAAGGGAAUUGUUUUAUUACUUGAAAGGAGGAAGAGUUGAUUUUGGUGAAGAGCAUAGUGAAGCUUGUGGACAUUCUCGGUUUGGAAGAGAUUAUGGAAAUGGUCAAUACCCUGAAUGGGAUGAGGAUCAUCCUAUUCAUUUCGUGGGGCAUUCAGCAGGUGCUCAAGUUGUACGCGUGUUGCAGCAAAUGCUUGCAGAUAAGGCGUUUGAAGGGUUUGAAGAAACGAAUGAGAAUUGGGUUCUGAGUGUGACAUCAUUGUCCGGAGCAUUCAAUGGUACUACCAGGACUUACUUAGAUGGCAUGAGGACAGAAGAUGGAAUAAGCAUGAAACCGAUAUGUCUGUUGCAGAUAUGUCGUAUAGGCGUGAUAAUGUACGAUUGGUUAGACAUUUCAUGGCUAAAGAAUUAUUACAACUUUGGGUUUGAUCACUUCAACAUCUCUUGGAAGACGACAGGAGUGAGAGGUUUAGUUGAUUGCCUUGUCGGAAACACUGGUCCUUUUGCUACUGGUGACUGGAUCUUGCCUGAUCUCACCAUCCAAGGGUCCCUAAGCCUUAACUCAAAUCUUCAGACGUUCCCAAGCACUUACUACUUCAGCUAUGCCACUAAACGCACUCGUAGAAUCAUGGGGAUGACAGUCCCUUCAGGUGUUCUUGGCAUCCAUCCUAUGCUCUUCCUCCGUGUCUUUCAGAUGAGCCAGUGGAGGUUCCCACAAGAUGUUUCUCCUCCUUAUAAAGGCUACAGGGAUGAGGAGUGGCAAGAGAAUGAUGGUGCAAUGAACACGAUAUCAAUGACCCAUCCGAGGUUACCAGUUGAGCAUCCAAGCCGGUUCAUAAGGAGUGAUUCGGAAUGUCAAACGUUACAACCUGGAAUCUGGUAUUAUAAGAUUGUGGAAGCAGAUCAUAUAACGUUCAUUGUGAAUAGAGAGAGAGCUGGAGUGCAAUUUGAUCUUAUAUAUGACAGUAUCUUCCAACGUUGCAGGAAACAUGUUUUUAGAAAGAUUCCUCAGACUCUUCCUAAUCAAUCUCCUCGUGCUCCUAGCUCUCCUCAUUGGUAGUCCAAGAAAAACAGCUUUGUACAUUGUUCAUUUUUUUUUUUCAUUUUCAAGUGUUUAGGGGACGUUGGGCCUUAAUUCUUUAGGCAAUUCAUCAGUUCAGAUAUGUUUACUGUUACUAUGCUCUCUCGUUUUGUUGUAAACUUUCGUUUUAAAAAUGUAUAAUACAUUUGUUGUUUUGUCAUGUUGGUGGCCUACUAAUCUGAAUCCCAUUAGGGUUUAGGAUGAU